UCCACCGUGUGCGAUCUGUCGUCAUCAGCAGAUACAGGAAGUAAUGAUCGGCUGUCUGGUAAACUGGGAACGGUGGGGGGAAAAGGAGCCAAAGAAGAAAGCGAUACAAUAAUGACAUCUGAGCUACAACCCUUCAGCGGACUGUGAGCUGAAGAUCUGACAUCUGUGGUCACUCCAGUCCUCCGUCCUCCAUGCCUGCUCCCACAGGCUUCACUCGACUGGACCAGAAUGAGCCUAUGAACACUUUACGUAUCUCUGUCGGAGGCCUCCCCAUGUUGGCUUCCAUGGCCAACACCACUGACCCUCGUUUCCGCUUGAAGCGGAAGCCCAUCUUGGUGGUUACCAUCUUGCUAACUGUACUUCUACUGUUCUUCAUGCACUGGAGCUCAGGCUUCCGAUCCCACUCCUACGGCUCACAGAACUGGAGAGCCAGCCGUAGUGACACCCAGCAGUCUGAUUCCCAUUACAAUGACACCUACCCUCUCAGUCCGCCAGAGCGCACGCCGCAGGGCACCCGCUACCGUAUUGGGGUCAUUGCUGACUUGGACACAAGCUCUCGUAGUGACAAGAAGCUGACGUGGUUCAGCUACAUGCGGUGUGGGUACCUGUUGGUGUCCCAGAGCGGUGACAAGGUGGCAGUUGAAUGGGAUGCGGACAGGGUGGUGCUGGAAAGCCACCUAGCAGAGAAGGGCAGGGGUAUGGAGCUUUCUGAGCUGGUGGUGUUCAACGGGAAGCUUUACAGCGUUGAUGACAGGACGGGCAUUGUCUACCACAUUGACGGUGACAAGGCUGUGCCCUGGGUCAUCUUACCCGAUGGUGACGGCAGUGUUGCCAAAGGGUUCAAAGCCGAGUGGCUGGCAGUGAAAGAUGAGCACCUGUAUGUUGGUGGACUGGGGAAGGAGUGGACUACCACUACAGGCGAGUUUGUUAACAACAACCCAGAGUGGGUGAAAGUAGUGGGCUUCAGAGGAGAUGUGCAACACGAGAACUGGGUUCCAAAGUACAAAUCACUGAAGUCUGCUGCAGGAAUAGAACCUCCAGGUUAUCUCAUUCAUGAGUCUGCAGCAUGGAGCGACACCCUGCAACGCUGGUUUUUUCUCCCUCGCCGUGCCAGCCAGGAGCAAUAUGAGGAGACGGCAGACGAACGGCGUGCCUCAAACCUUGCCCUUAGUUGCUCGCCAGAUUUCAAAGACAUCAUUGUGAGUCGGGUGGGUCCGCUCAACCCCACUCACGGUUUCUCUUCCUUCAAGUUUGUCCCCAACACGGACGACCAGAUCAUUCUGGCACUCAAGUCAGAAGAAGAUGCCGGAAAGAUUGCCACAUACAUCAUGGCGUUUACACUUGAUGGACGCAUUCUUUUACCUGAAACCAAGAUUGGUGAUGUGAAAUAUGAGGGCUUGGAGUUCAUUUAGUAGGCUCGCUCUUGAGACCAAUGCACUGUGGUUCUAUUUUGUUUACAAGCCACUGACUGUUGAAGUUACUCCACUUGCUGCUUCCUCAUUGAGUUUAUGAAAGACACAACUCCAGCACUCAUCUUCAUUACAAAUAGACAAAAUUAAUGUCUGAGACUGUCAAAUAAGGUCUGGCUUUGGGUGUUGAGAAAGGACUAGUCAAAUAAUGCCAGCAUGUCUUGAGAUGGAUAUUUUCCUUCUCAGGCCAAAUGUGGCCCUCAACAGUACUGUAGGCUUUCUUAUAAUGAAUGUACAAAAGACAGAUUUAUAAGACUGUGAUUGUUAUGCACAUACUAUACACUCUCAACAGGUCAAAGGUUUAUUUUUAACCUUUGCUCCAUAGUAAAGCAACAUCAUUCUGUACAAAUCAAACCUGUUAUAUUCGUUGGAUAACUAAAAGUGUGUUUUUAUUCAUCAUAAAACAUUGUUUGAAGGACAUUUUUGUGAAAAUUGAAUUAUAAUGUAUGUAAUGUUUUUAGGGGAUUGACUGAGUAAACUCUUGAUCACUA